GGUCGAAAAAAAAGUUGGCCCCCUCCACCGAAUCUCUUGCUGCUUUCGAUAUGUAUCCCAAUCAAAGGCAGCAGUCUCCUCCGCCGCCAAACGCGCCGUUGCAUUCUCCUCCUGGUGGCUAUGACCAGUAUCCUCUGACGGAUACUCACUUUUCACCCCAGCCUAUGGACCGUAACCCUGGUUAUGCUGCUGAUCCGUUCGACGACCAUCAUCAACAAGGCGGGAUGGGAGGAUACCACGACAAUGCUCCCUUGUUGCAGCAUCAGAACAGUGAUUAUGGUGAUACCUAUCCUGCUCAAUCUCCUUAUGGUGCUCCCUCCCCUUCACCUUCUCCCCAGGUAAACAUGGGUUUCCCUUCUCCUGGUGGCGGUAUUCACUAUGGAGAGGCGCCUAGACGUGUUGCUCGCCGUUAUAAGACAAUGAGAAAGGUACCAUUGACCAGUGGUAACUUGGUCUUGGAUUGUCCUGUGCCUUCCAAGUAUUUAGCAGCCGUGCCUCGUAAGGGCACGGCCCCGGAGGAUAAGGAAUUCACUCAUAUGCGCUAUACUGCUGCCACCUGUGAUCCUGCUGAUUUUGUUGCUCAAAACUAUACUUUGCGCCAAGCUUUGAUUGGUCGUUCAACUGAGCUUUUUAUUGUGAUGACGAUGUACAACGAAGACGAAAUUUUAUUUGCACGCACUAUGCACGGUGUCAUGAAGAACAUUUCCCAUUUGUGUACGCGUGAACGCUCAAGAACUUGGGGUGCUAACGGUUGGCAAAAGGUCACUGUUUGUAUUGUCUCUGACGGACGUACCAAGGUCAAUCCGCGAACUCUUUCCGUAUUGGCUGCUAUGGGCGUCUACCAAGAUGGUGUAGCUAAAAAUGUCGUGAAUGACAAGCCUGUGACAGCGCAUCUUUAUGAGUUCACCACGCAAUUGAGUGUGGAUCCUGACAUGAAGUUCAAGGGUGCUGAUAAGGACAUCGUUCCUUGCCAAAUUCUCUUCUGUUUGAAGGAGAAGAAUGCCAAAAAGAUCAAUUCUCAUCGUUGGUUCUUCCAAGCUUUUGGCCCUGUCAUCAACCCUAACGUUUGCGUUCUUCUUGAUGUUGGUACUCGUCCCGGUGGCACUUCCAUCUACCAUCUUUGGAAGGCUUUUGAUAUUAACUCUAAUGUCGCUGGUGCCUGUGGUGAAAUUCGUGCUAUGUCCGGUACUGCUGGUGUCAACCUACUCAACCCUCUGGUUGCCUCCCAAAACUUCGAAUACAAGAUGUCCAACAUUUUGGAUAAGCCUUUGGAGUCUGUCUUUGGAUACAUUUCUGUGCUUCCAGGUGCAUUCUCGGCCUACCGCUACGAGGCUCUACAAAACGACAUAAAUGGUCAUGGACCAUUGGAAAAGUACUUCUUGGGUGAAACCCAACACGGAGGCGAUGCUGACAUUUUUACUGCCAACAUGUAUCUUGCUGAAGAUCGUAUUCUUUGUUACGAAUUGGUCGUGAAGAAGAAUGCAAACUACAUUCUUCACUACGUUUCCAGUGCUUAUGGUGAAACCGAUGUUCCUGAUUCUAUUCCUGAAUUCGUUUCCCAACGUCGUAGAUGGCUUAACGGUUCCUUCUUUGCUGGUGUCUAUGCGCUAUAUCACUGGCGUAAGAUUUGGGGCUCUGGCCACUCUCUUUUCCGCAAGCUUGCCUUUAUGUUUGAAGAUCUUUAUCAAACAUAUAACUUGAUUUUCUCUUGGUUCGCUUUGGGUAAUUUCUACCUGACCUUCUUCAUCUUGACCAAUGCUCUCGCCUCCGAUACUCUUAACCCUAAACCUAUGCCUACAAACGUCGCCAACGUUCUGCAUCAAGUCCUUAAUUAUAUAUAUGUCGUAUUGAUCAUUUGCCAGUUUAUUUUAGCCAUGGGUAAUCGACCUCAGGGUUCGAAAUGGGCGUAUAUUGGAUCAUUCGUAUUCUUUGCUCUACUUAUGGUGUACAUGAUGUUUGCUACUAUUUGGAUCACUGUUAUUGGCGUGGAAACGGCCGUGGAUUCAGCGGGUGGAUCGGGUAAUAUGUUCGUGGGAUUGAUAAAACAAGAAGCGUUCCGAGAUGUCAUUGUCUCUGUCUUCUCUACCUACGUUCUCUACCUUGUAUCAUCUAUUCUCUUCCUCGACCCCUGGCACAUGCUCACUAGUUUCAUUCCCUAUAUCUUCAUGGCACCUGGUUACACCAACAUUCUCAACGUUUAUGCUUUCUGUAACACCCACGACGUGUCAUGGGGUACUAAGGGUGAUAACUCUAUCGCAACUGAUCUCGGUGUAGUCAAGUCCAAGAAGAACGACAACGGAGAGCAUACAGUUGAAAUUGCUGUUCCAACAGAGCAAAAGGAUCUUAACGAAAUGUAUGAAGAAGCGUGUUUGGAUCUCACCAAGAAGGUUGUAGAAGCACCUUCUCACCGUGAUGCCAAGACCAAGCAAGAAGAUUACUACAAGGCUUUCCGUACUCGCCUUGUUAUCAGCUGGAUCAUUUCCAACUUGGCUUUGGUAGCUGUUAUUUGCAACGCACAACUUCUCCACUGGUUCGGUGAUUUCACUGAACGAAGUACCGUGUACCUUGGUUUCAUUCUCUGGUCCGUCGCAGUGCUUGCCGUCAUUCGAUUCGCUGGAAGCUGCACUUACUUGGUUAUGAGUAAGUGGAUUUAUAUAAUCUCAUGCUGAUUGUUCUACAAUGUUUUCAACCCCACUCACCACAUUUUAUCACCACAGAAAUUUUCACCGGUUAAACACACUCAGUUAUGCGCUGCUGGCAGCUUUAUUUUUUCUCCUGACCACCACAUCCAAAUCUAUUCAAUUCAACCUAUUUCCUUCUAUAUUUUGCAUGGCAAUAGCCUACAUAUUUUAAAAAUAUAUUUUACAGGUUUUGCUCAUAUAAACAUUAUUCAGUAAUAUUGUGAACCCUUAA